CGCGGGGGCGCGCCCGGGCGGAGCGGCAGCAGCUGCAGCUGCAGGCGGCGGGGCUGGAGCAGGAGCGGGUGCGGGAGGCCCGCUCCGUGCGCCCGGCUGUCUGGCUGCAAGAUGCCGGGCUUCGACUACAAGUUCCUGGAGAAGCCCAAGCGGCGGCUGCUGUGCCCAUUGUGCGCCAAGGCCAUGCGCGAGCCCGUGCGCGUCUCCACCUGCGGCCACCGCUUCUGCGACACCUGCCUCCAGGAGUUCCUCAGUGAAGGGGUCUUCAAGUGUCCAGAGGACCAGCUGCCCCUCGACUAUGCCAAGAUCUACCCAGACCCUGAUUUGGAGGUUCAGGUGUUAAGCCUGACUAUUCGAUGCAUACACAGUGAGGAGGGCUGUCGUUGGAGCGGCACGAUCCGGCACUUGCAGGCGCACCUUGGCACGUGCAGCUUCAACGUGGUGCCGUGCCCCAAUCGCUGUGGCGUGAAGCUGAGCCGCCGUGACCUGCCUGCUCACGUUCAGCAUGACUGUCCGCAACGCCACCUCAAGUGCGAAUUCUGCGGCACCGACUUCACCGGGGAAGCUUACGAGAACCACGAGGGCCUGUGUCCCCAGGAGAGCGUUUACUGCGAGAACAAGUGUGGGGCGCGCAUGAUGCGCAGGCUGCUUUCGCAGCAUAUGCUUGUGGAGUGCCCCAAGCGCACACAGCCCUGCAGCUACUGUGCAAAGGACUUCCUGUAUGAUACCAUCCAGAAUCAUGAGUACCAGUGUCCACGAUACCCUGUCCCUUGCCCCAACCAGUGCGGGGUGUCCAGCAUUGCCAGAGAAGACCUUAACGGGCACUUGAAAGAAAACUGCACGACCGCCUUGGCCCUUUGCCCCUUCAAGGACGCUGGCUGCAAACAUCGGUGCCAAAGCUGUAUCCACUUAUCUCGCCACCUGGACGAGAGCACCAAGCUCCACCUGGGCCUGAUGGGCGGCGUGGUGACCAGGCAGCGGCAGGAGCUGACAGAGCUGCGCAGAGAGGUGGAGGAGCUGGCCAUGGGCAGCGACGGCGUGCUGAUCUGGAAGAUUGCCGACUACAGCCGCAAACUGCAAGAAGCUCUUAAGAGACCAACUUCACGUGAAGUCCUUCUGUGCCCCCGGGUUUCUACACCCACCCAGUGCACGGGCUACAAGCUGCAGGUCUCCGCCUUCCUCCAAUGAGAGCAGGAGGCCGGCGAGGGCACUUGCUCUCCCGUCAAUACAUCCCGAGGGUGCCCGGCUGUCCUGUAACACAACCUCUUGGAGUAGCUCCUUUCUCCUCCCCGGGUCACCUUCUCUCUGCUGGACCAAAGCGACCCCUCGCUCUCCAAGCCGCAGCACAUCACGGAGACGUUCCUUCCGGACCCCAACUGGAAGAACUUCCAGAAGCCGGGCCAGGGCCGCGCCUCCCUGGACGAGAGCUUGCUGGGGUUCGGCUACCCCAAGUUCAUCUCUCACGAGGACAUCAAGAAGCGCAACUACGUGAAAGACAAUGCCCUCUUCAUCAAGGCCUCGGUGGAGAUCCCUCAGAAAAUCAUGCCCUGAAUUUCCCCCUUCCUUCCCCCCCUCCCAGGGGCUGGGUGAGGGCCGUGCCUUGUCCUUGCAAAGGUGCCCCCCGGAGUAGUCGAGGGCUGGAUCAGGGUGCGCAAAGCCACCCUUCCCUCCAGGCACCCUCCACCCAACCCCCUAACCGUGGGCCUCAGCUGUGAACGGGUCUCUGUGCUCCCUACUCAUCCUGCCGACGGUGCUAAUUGUUUCGGCCCAGCCCCAUUGGGGACCCCCUCCGCUUUCCCAAGAGCAGCUGGGCUGCCUCUGCACCCACCCACCCACCCCCCAUUUUGGGGCCUUCCUUCCUGGGCAUCCAGCCCUGCCUUGGUGCUGAGACCUCUGUGAGCAGGCAGGGUGCUGCAAAGGGAAAGUCCGGGGCCCCCGGUGCUGUGCCUUGAUUCCCCCCCCAGCAAAAGGCCAGGAUUCUUGUGUGCGAGGGAGAGCCCUCUGGCUGCCGCCUUCAGGGCCCAACAGUCCCCGCCCUUAAAGCCGGUUGGCGGUCCCUCUGGGGCAUCUAUCGACCUCUGACCCCCCCCUGCCGCUGGCCCCUGCAAAUAAUUCAGUGAGUGCCUGAAGACCUCUCUAGCCAGAGCCGGCAGGAUCUCUUGGGAUCAAGCAUUACUUUCAGGGGGAGGCCCAUUCUGCCCUGCUCCAAAGAGCCAUAUUUUCUACUCAGAGAUUCCCCCCCACCCAUCCCGAGUGUGGAAUGGGGCUGGCCCUUCCUCACUUGCUUCCAGGGGAAAGGGCCUUCUUGAUUCAGUUCCAAAUCUGGAGCCGCUCUGACUUUCUGGCCCCACGUUGGUGUGUUUCCUUCUUCCUCUUCUGUCUCGGUGUGUAUUUUGUGUGUGUUUUUUUUUAAAUAAAAAAUUUCUUGUAUUUAU